AUCGCUACGAUCACAAACCGCAUUCUCGCUCUUUCAAAUUUUCUUCCCCAUUGCUACGACGUAGCCCCGAAUAGAAAUAUAACAUCGUUAAUUCAAGCUCGACUCUUCAGUUUUUUAUAUUCGUCACACUGUGUCACACUGGAUUUGAUCGGCAGCGCCUCAAGUUCCACCAGUCCGCCGUUACUCUAGCUGUCUCUAAUUUGCAUUUUAAAUGGCGACUAUGUCGGCGGUCUCGGGCACUACUACUCUUACUCCUCCAACUAGCUCGCACGGAAAUCAUUCUGGGUGGAAUCACUCGUCUUCUAGCUAUCACAAUAGUUCUACAUCGCGUAAGCUAUCCGCAGAUAGGCAUGAGAUCAACGGUUCUUUAAAAGGGCCUUCCAAUGCCGGAAAUGGGGAUGUCGGCUACGAUCUCUAUGCAACAGAUGAUUACCUAGCCAACAACGGCCAUCCCGUAUCGAUAUCUGACAAUAAGCGGUCGAAUGCCGAUAUUUCACCCUCGGAAACCGACGACGACGAACACUCAAAAUGGAUUCACAGGGACAAAUUAGCUAGGAUAGAGAACCAAGAGCUGCAGGCUGCUGGAAUUAUCUUACCCAAACCGAGAGCUCACAGCAGACCGAGGCGUGAUCGUAGCCCAGAGAAAGCAAACGGACGCCGGCGGGGUACCGAUGCAUCAGAGCACAUAGGCGUGAGGUCUCGAAAAAACUCGGAAUUAAGCCUAGAAAAACCUAAUGAUGUUGAGGUUCCGAGCUGGGACUUACGUCUCCCCGAGGAGAUAGCGGAAGAUUCUGGUGAGUAUUGGGUAACCAGCGAUAACAGCAAGUCGCGUAUUCCAAUAGCCAAGACAAGUCCGGCACCAAUUCCCGUCAACUACCUCGAGCGAGAUGCCCCAGCAGCGCGCAAGCCAAGCUCCCCUAUGCUAGACGAAGAUGCCUCGAUCUCAUUACCGAAGCCGAAGCCGAAACCGAAACAGCAGCCACGAUCACAGCCACGGUCACGUAGCGGUAGUAUUAAUGCCCUGGCUGACCAGAAGAUCCAGCCUACGAAGCGUACCGCAACAGAUGGAUCGCCCAAGAAAACCAAGUCCGCUGGAGCCAAGAAGAGUACCGCAUCGGCUAAAACCUCACAAGGCCGACCAAAGACCCGGUCAGGUUCGACAGCUCGUAAUGGUUCUAACCGACCCACAACUCGGUCCGGCGAGUUAUCACCAUCCGUAUCGAAAUCCGCGCCUGAAGGCGAUCCGCCGUGGAUGAUUUCAGCAUAUAAACCUGAUCCCCGCUUACCUCCAGACCAGCAGCUCCUCCCUACUGUCGCAAAGAGGUUACAACAAGAGAAAUGGGAACAGGAAGGCAAAUUCGGGAAUAUAUACGAUAAAGAAUUCCGCCCUCUUAACGAUGAGGGUUUCUUAAAACCCCCCGAAGUGGAGAAGUCAAAGGAGACCGAGGAGAACCAACAGGAUGAAUGGCCAUUGCGGCCUGGUGCUAAAAGUCCAAAUACGAGCCGACCCGGUACAAGCUCUUACUCAACAAUGCCCAAGAUCCAAGGCGCACCUCCCGUUAGCCCUCUUGCUAGCCCGCGUUCGGUACAGCAGCAGCAGCAACAGCAGCAGCAACAACAGCAACAACAACAGCAAGAACAACCGCCGGUCCAGACUGUUCAAAAUCCUAGAGUGCCGACAGAGGUCGAAGAACCUGAAGAAGAAAAAUCAAGCAAGUCUGGGUGCGGUUGCUGCGUUGUCAUGUAACCAGCUCAGCACGGUUGAUACAGGUAUCCCUCCGGUUCUCUCACAAUCACAAGGACUAUCGGCGUGAGCAAAACGACAUAGAUUACCCCUGAACGAAGUUACGACUUUUCCCACCUCGGCCAUAUCCAGCGUUGCUUUAUUUUACCAACAUCGCAUGUGCUAAUCAUAUUUCCUUUGUCCUCGGAUCGCCCGCCUCCGCAUUGAGAUUUCAUCUUUUCCGCGUCAUCCUACAAGGUCAUAUACCACUCUCGAGCCGCCAUCCCCGCGGGAAUGCUGACGAGUUACUCUUUGCGCCAUGUUUUAAUUAUUCUCUUUUCGGUACUUGCAAGAAAAAAGGGGGGUUGCCGGAGUUAG